AUGGCGGAAGAUGCCGAGCGUGUGCAGAAGCUCAAGGAGAAGUACAAUCAGCUUAAGCAGGCCAAUGCAACUCUCAAGAAGGGCUUCCUUGAUAAACAGGAGGAGUGCAACCGCUUGGAGGAGCAAAUUAAGGAGAAGGAGACCACCAUCCGACAGCAGCUGGAGGAAAUUGAUCGAUUGCAGUACCAAAACGGCCGCAUGACCAAACAGGUCAGCACGUUGACGGCGCAGGUCGAGGAGCAGAAGAAGACACACACCCAAAGCACAUGGUCCAUGGGUGGCUUGAUCUCAGGAAAGCAGCAGCAAGAGGCCAUCCAGAAGGCCGAAAGCGAUCUGGCGGUCUUGCGGGACGAGCUGAUGAUGAAAAUCCAAGAGAAUGAGGAGCUGCACAUGCGCGUCUUUGAGGCGCAAAAACAGCACAACGAAGAGGCAGAGCGCUUGAGAGAUACCGAAGCCACCAGAGGUCGAGAUCUCGAGAGAUACAGCGCACAGCUGAAAGCCUCCAAGGAGGAGGUGGAACGACUUGGCAUCGACAACAAAAAGAUGGUUGAGAGGCUUGGUACCUUAGAUCACCAGCUUUCGGCCUCUGCUCAACUCUCGGAAAGCUUGCGACAGCAGCUGGACCGCGAGCGCUGCGAGGCGCAGAACGUCAAGGCGGCGCUACAGCGCCGCUUCGCGCGCUGGGUGCCAUUUGACUGGGCACAGCACGAUCUCUGGACGGGCUUCAGCUUCAGCUCGCAGCGGGGCCGCAUGGCCAAGCAACGGCACCAGGCCCUACAGGAUCUCUAUAGCGCAGUACAGCAGGCGUGCCGCCACUGCUGCGGCGCAUUGCAGACUUGGCCUAAUGCGUUGAUUGGAGGUGGAGACGAGGAAUCGGCAUCACGACUCCGCAUCCGCGGUAAAGUGGCAGAUGUGGCUCAGGAGCUUUCGAGCUGCAUUCAGCAGGUGCCGAUGAUGGCGGAGAUGCUCGGUUCCCAUGGCUUGGUUCUGCAGGACGCAGCAAGACAAGAGCUGCGAAGGCGUUCCAACGACUUGCUGGUGAUACACAGACGGUGGGUCCUCUACCAAUCCUUGCUGCUGCAUGAUUGGCAAAGCACUGCGGGUCGAUCUUCUCAAGAGGAGGCUUUGGCCCAAAGCUUUGUGGACUGCCUGUGGCGAUUGCACCGCUGUGUUCGCAGCCUGGUGUCGCACCUGCGUGUGGCAACCCUGUUGCCAGAUCUCUCCACAGGGAACACCAGCGCCGCUCAUUUUGCUCUUGCCAGACGGAAAUUGGGAAGGAAGGGCGGAGCCAGUGGAGCGGAGACAAAGCCACCAGGUUUGCAGGCCGCCCAGCGACUGUCACUGGUGCAACGAAGCUUGGCAGAUGUGUCUCAUUGCUGGAAAGCACUGGGGCGCUGCUUGUCUUCCUGGGCCGCAGCUUCUGCGGGAAGCACGGUGCGGUCUCAGUGCUUUAAGGUGACCUAA